GCUAUAAAAGCCUGGCGGAGAAGAAAAAACAGUUUUGUAAAGACACUGAUACAGAGAACACGGAGGAGCAUCGCAACCUCGGAGGAAACUCAUUUAUUUCCACUUUUUUUGUUUCACCAUCUGGGAAAAAAAGACUGCAGUUUAUGAGGCAGAGAAGUGAAUAUUCACACAAGAUUAAGUGAGGAGCUGGAGUUUGCUCAGUGAGGUUGGGAAGACGACAACAUGGCGGUCUCCACUCAGCUGGGGCUGCUGCUGUGGAAGAACUUCACCUACAGACGGAGACAGACUAUCCAGCUGCUGAUUGAGAUCAUCUGGCCUUUGUUUAUCUUUUUCAUCCUGAUUUCGGUCCGAACACAUUAUCCACCCCAUGAACAACACCAGUGCCACUUUCCCAACAAGGCGAUGCCAUCCGCAGGUACCCUUCCCUGGGUGCAGGGCAUUAUCUGUAACGCCAACAACCCCUGCUUUCGUAAUCCUACCCCAGGAGAGACUCCGGGCAUUGUGGGAAACUUUAAUGACUCCAUAAUCUCGCGUUUGUUCAACGAUGCCAAGAAGAUCCUGCUGUACACUCAGAACGAUAAGAGCUUUGAAGGCUACAAAGGACUGCUGAGGGCUCUCAGGAAGCUUCAGAAGGACACUCCUCGUUUUAAGCUGAAGGACUUUUUGAAAGACAAUGAAACUCUUUCUGAAUUUCUUCACCACAAUGCAUCUCUUCCUCACCAUGCACUGAGGCAAAUCCUAGAGGCUGAAGUCAACUUGGAGAAGGUGCUCACUAAAGGUUUCGGAUUUCAUCUCAAAGACCUUUGCAACGUGACACCUCUGGAAGAGUUUGUCCACAUCGCUGACCGUAAUGUGUCCCGUUUAACCCAAGAAAUCAUUUGCAAGUCAUCCAUCGAUUGGCUAAACGAAGCUCAAAACCACUUUCUCUCCAACUUGGAUUUUCUAAAACCGAUUCAGGGGCGGAGCUAG